ACCUCAAUGUCCUCAAUGUAACAGAGGUGAAGAGCAUACAAACAACGAAACAACCAAUACAAAUUCAAAUAAUUAUAAAUAUUACACUGUUUAUGAAUAAUAUAAACAUACCUAAUCUCUUAAAAAUAGUAUUAUAUUAUUAUACUUUGUUUUAAAUUUGAAAGGACUAAAAGACAUGUAAAUAACAAUACCUUCUUCCCAAGGAGCAUUGAUUAUGUUGUAGUUUACUAGAAAUUAGUAGUUAUACUGGACCUAUAACUCCAAUAAAGCAACAAAAUAGUGUAAAAAUGUUAAAUUUGAUAAUGAACUGAAAUAUGGCAAAAAUGGAGACAAAAAAACAUUUAAAAGACAACCCUGAUUAUUCAAAAGAUGUUGAUAAUCUAUGGGAAACAAUGGAGAUGGUAAUUGGCUCAAGUGAUGACGAUAAAGAUAAGUCAUCAGAGAACCCAGAUUCAACUUCUUCCUCAAAGAAAGAUUCUAACUUACAAACCAUUGCCCAAGUGGUAAAAGAUCCACCCCUUACCUUACAAGUGAAACCCGAAUCAAACAUAACAGAGUUACAAAGAAGAGAUCAAUUACGUAGAGAAAAACAAAGGCGCAAAAACCAGAAAUACAAAGAAAGACUUCAGGAGAAACAACUUCGGGCUAUAAAUCGCCAUUUGAACCAAUAUGGUGGGCAAAACUCUUCAAUGCCGGCAUUAAUUAAGCCAUUAUUAGGUGUGCAACUACCAGAAAAGGCAAAUCCAGAAGAAAAUUCUAAUAAGAUUAUUAAAGAAAAUCCAGAACCUCAACCAAAAGUUCCUAUAAGCAAUAAAACAGAAACUUCUAAUGGGAAUCCUUUAAUGGAAAUAAAUGAGAAUGGAAAGGAAAAUAAUUAUCAGGUGGUAUUUGUAUCCAAUAAACCUGGAGGUGAACUAACUGAGGAAGAAGGAGAAAGAGUUCAAAAUCACAUUCUCGAUCAUAUGAUGACUGCUAUGGCAAAUUCCAACCAGAUUGAACUCCAGUUUACAAAUGCAGGUCUUGUGUCUCCCCCCAACUUCUUUUUAAUUACAUCAGCAAACGAUGAGUCCUACACCUGGUUGUUAAAACAAUGCCCUCCAUAUAAAGACGGCGAUUUUAAUGCUAAACCUUUAGCAGUCAAAGUUGCUCCAUGGCCGAAAGUAAUCUCUUUCCGCUUGAAGAAACAGAAAGUCGAUAUUCCGGAGCUGCUGUCUGUCCUGAAUCUUCAAAAUCGGCAAAGUCAAGUGCAAAAAUGGACACAUUUUUCAACAAGAGGGAAACCUGGGGACUGGGAAUUGUUAUUUCAGGUUCCGGGGGAUGUUUUUGAUAAUAUUAAGGGUGCCAAUUGGAAGCUGUAUUAUGGGCUGGUACUUCUCACAGUCAGGCAUGACUCAGGUGCCAGUGAAGAAUUACGUCGAAGGCUUCUCGAUAAAAUGAAUUGAUUCUGUUAUAGAAAUCAAAAUGUUUUUUAUUCUAUUUUUGAGCUCUAAUAAAUGUCUAACUCAAAGUAUCUAUUUUUCAAAAACAUUAAUAAGUUAUUCUUAAUUUAUUAUGGUUAAAAAGAAAAGAAGGGACUUAUUAUCAUUUAUGUUUAUUAUCUUUUCAGGCAACUGCAGUUUACAAAUGUUAAGAAUAUGCAAAGUUUAAGUUUUGUAAAUAACUUGAAAAAGGACCUGCCAUGCAAUAAUUUUUAAAUUAGUCUUGUUUUGUGUCAGUAGGAUAUUCCAUGUUUUUAAAAUGUUCACUUAAUGAACUGACACAUAAAAAAAAUAUAAUUUAUUAACAUUUAUUAUUAUAAUUUUUAACAUAAUAUGAGCGAUAUUAAAGUCAGCCAAGUGCAAAAAUAUUAUAUCUUCAUUUUUAAAAAUAUUCCAAUGAAAAUCCCAUUAAAAACAUACUAGG